UUAACUAGAAAUCAGUUUGUCGCUAUGGUAAACUGAAAAAUUGGUUGAUUUGAACUAGAAUUUAAUUGUGUUUACAAUUUAUUUUUAUUUAUAUAUAUAGAGUAGUUAAUAUUCAUUCUCAUACAAAUAAUACUAUAUGGUGAAAUUUCUAAUUGUCAAUAUAAAACCUAUCAUAUACUAAUUAUUUUCAAAAUUACUGAAAUGUAGCUCAAGAACAAAAAAAAAAUCAUUCAAGUAUUCACCAGCUCAAACAGUAAAAUUUAGAUUAGAAUUAUAUAUUGACUUUCUUAGGAAUUCAGCAUAAAAGUUCAAUUUUUCAAUAAUUUUGAAGUCACUAUUUAGUCAUUAUUUGGUCACUUUUUUGAUAAUUUUGGUCACUAAAGUCAUUAUUAUUUUGGCACUUGAUCGCUACCAGCCCUGAUUAAUAAAUUUUUAUCUUUUUACUAAACAUAUAUGCCGCCAACUCGGCCGCCAAUUUUUCGAUAUUAAAAAUAAAUAUUUUUAAUUUAUUUAGUUCCGAUUGCAAUACCGUUCAAACGACGCCUUCCUACGAACGAUAAGCAUGUUCAUUUGGCUCACACUUUGACAGUUCUCUCUGCACGAUUGGCUCACAAUGGCCGCCUCCGCAGAUCUCUAUAAUGUAGGAUUACUAAUUGAAACGAUUGCACAUACACAUUUUCGACCUUCGGCUUUUUCAAAGAAAAUCGUUCAGGGAAUCCAGAAAAAAUAUUAUUUUUUUGAUACAGUGUUGCCAGAUAUCAUAUUUUUCAAUUUUAAAACUAAAAAUCGGUUUUUCUCAAAAUACGUAUAUUUUGAUUUUAAAAAUUUUAAUUCCAUCGUGUUUAUCAGACGUUUUUCGAUCGAAAAAGCUUAACUCUCCAAGGUAAUUUGCGUCGUUCCUGAGAUAUAGCGUUUUUAAGAAAAAAUAUUCAUUUUUUUCAUAUAAAGUAUCAUAUAAAAUCAGGUGCAGUUUAUAAAUUUCGUGAAAAAACAUUGUUCGAUGCCAUAUAAACACGUUUUGUGCUGAUUUGAACAAUAUCGAGUAUAAAAAGGAUUAAAAAAAUUGUGACAGUGUUGCCAGUUUACCUUUUUUAUUAUACCAUGAAACCUAACCUUCAAGUGUUUGAAAAUGUACAGGUUAUUCUGAAAAUCGCACCAUGUUGCAAGAUGUGUGAGCAAAAUAAAAACAAUACACACCUUUUCUAACGACCUGGUUGUUGGCCUUUUCUUCACAGACAAACAGACGUAACACCUAGAAUAAUUUUCGUGAAAAUCCAUCGCCUAGUUCACGCUAGGUGAAACGUCUAACGCUUAGAAAAAUGAUGUGCGCACCUCUGGUUGUGAAAACUACAACUAUGAAGGUUUAAAAAAAUCGUUAAAACCGUGGUCGUUGGAAUUUUUUCCAAUGUUACGUCUGUUUGUCUGUGUUUUCUUGCUUAUCGUAAUAUCUGACAAAAUGACCCGAAAAUUGACAGUUAUUGUUAGUUUGAUAGUUAGCAAUAAAAAAAUUGGUUUAUUGCAAAAGAUGAGGAUAAAUUGUUAAAAUAUAAAAUGUAUCUAUUCUGAAAUUCAUUUCAAUUGUCAUUUUAUUCAUUUCAACGAUGUUAUAGAUGUAAGUGUUGCCACACAUGUCAUUUUUAUUGUAAACAUCUAAUUUACACGAAAGCUUUCGUAAAUAGAUAACACUAAAUAAAAACAAAUGGUUUCUGUUUUUUAUACAUAACGAACACAGUUGGCAACACUGCAUGAGUAUGAGCUGAGAGAGAGGAGACAGCUCACUGACAGCCACGAUGUUUACGUUUCUUCUUCUUACUUCUCUUUACAAUUUUUUGCGCUGCACAAUGGUUUGAAAAUACAUUGUUGGUCAAAAAUGAUUAGCAUAUUGAGUUUGCCACGACAAAGCAUGGAAAAUAAAUGGAUUCUUUGCGCUCAUUGAGGGAAACUGACCAUCAUUAAUUUAACAUUUGCGAUCACAACAGACGGAGCGAAAUUUUAAUAAAAUCAUUUGGAUAUUUGGCCACUACGCACCACCAAUGUGCGAUUUUAGCUCGGUUUUCGGUGACAGUUUGUGACAGGUCCUCCUUGACAUUAGGUAGCACGCAAUCGAAGCCAGCUGUCUCCUCUCUCUCAGAGUAUGAGCAUAGAUGGCAACACAAUUCAUAAUUACUACUCCAUGGUUAAUCGCAGCGAACGAUUGUCGCUUUAGUUUGUGUGUUUGCUUGUCAGCGACGACAGCAGCCACUUCGAUCACUCACCAGCAUUCUUCAGCAGUCGCCAUUAAUUCAUUCGCUUGCGAUCAAAACUGCGAUGAACGGCAACGAAUAUCCAUGUCAAGCAACUUGCGCAUGAUAUGAUACUAUACAUUGUCGAUCUGGGAGUCACCUUUAAUUGAUCGAACAAUCGAUUUGAUUUAUCGGAAUUAACCUUCGCGUACAACCGAUCUCUUUUCCAUGUAAAAAAGCCUAAGAAAAGUAGGCUCUAGGGAGCAAACGCCACUAAUCCAUUUCACUCAGAAAUUUUUGUUCAUUCUUCGCCACGAAGAACAAACAAAAACUCAUACCAUAUGCAAUCAUAUCAAUAGACAACACAAUACUGAACACUGUUCUUCACUUCUCUGCCCGGGACAAUAAAGGACAUGAUCUAUUAUUCUGCAAUCCAGUAAGAUUAAACGCAAUACUAAGCAUCCCCGCACCUAUUGUUUGCGUUUCCGCUAAAUACUAGCAUACUUGGCAACACUGCCGUAAAAAUCAAUCAAAAGAUAUUUUUACAGGGAUUUUUAUAAAGAGUUAGACCUUCGAAUAUAAAAUAAAAGUACUGAAGUCUGAGCUACCAGUUGCGUGACGAUGCGUAGUAUCUAAUAUUAUCUAAUUCCAAAGGAUAUCAUACUUCAUAUUUUAUCAUAUUCCAUAUUUUCAGGUUCAGCUUCUGAAAUUAGCUGUGGGUUAUUGAAUGUAGUUAUAUCGAAAUGACAUUUUCAGCACUGUUGCUUAUAAAUACACUCAUCAAAUGUUUUCCUGAAUAUAUUUUACGUCGAUGUUGCCAAAUGUGCUAAACCUAAAUAAAAAAUACUUUUGGCUUGUUAAUUAGAUUUCAUACUAAAGUUCUAGUAAAAUUAAGAUUUCCACAAUGAAUAUUACAUAUUUGGCAGCACUUCCAUUCAGAUAAUGUUAAAAUAUAUGAAAUUUGUUUAGAAUUGAUGAUCUCAAUAAAUACAUUUUUUUAGUUCAACAGGUUAUGCUAGUCCAUUACGAUAGACUUAUAAUUGAUGAACUGGCACUGUAACAUUUUUUAAUCCUUUUUAUACUUGAUAUUGUUCAAAUCAACACAAAACGUCUUUAUAUGGCAUCGAACAAUUUUUUUUUUGCGAAAUUUAUAAACUGCACCUGAUUUUAUAUGAUACUUUAUAUGAAAAAAAAUGAAUAUUUUUUCUUAUAAACGCUAUAUCUCAGGAACGACGCAAAUUACCUUGGGGAGUUAAGCUUUUUCGAUCGAAAAACGUCUGAUAAACACGAUGGAAUCAAAAUUUUUAAAAUCAAAUUAUACGUAUUUUGAGAAAAAUCGAUUUUUAGUUUUAAAAUUGAAAAAUAUGAUAUCUGGCAACACUGUAUCAAAAAAAUAAUAUUUUUUCUGGAUUCCCUGAACGAUUUCCUUUGAAAAAGCCCAAGGUCGAAAAUGUGUAGGUGCAAUCGUUUCAAUGAUAAAAAUAAUAGAAAGAGAGGAUAAUUUUCAUAUCGGCCAAAACGAGGGGUGCUGCCACGGGCCGAGGGGUGAUCCGAUCGGCACCAAAAUUUGGAUUUUUUCUUUUUCCAUCUAAACAAAUGUUUCAGCCAAAUUUGGUUCAAAUCCGUGAUGGUCGGUUGCAAGUUUUCUCAUUUUCUCGGUCACUUCAUAUGGAAUGACCCAUAUCAGAGCGCCGUUGAGCUAGGAGAGCAACGUCAUCAGCCAGUUCCAAAUCAUUUAGAUGCUCCAUGGUAAUGGGCUGUCACAGCAACUUACGAUUUAGUUCACGAUCAAUCUCACCUACAAGGAUCUCGUCGAUUACGAUGAGGAACAGUAGCGGUGAUAGUAUACAUUCUUACCUCACUCCAGCAACGACCCGGAUGGGAUUGGACAAAACACCGUUAUGCAGUACUCUGCACGAAAAUGUCCUGUAUGUACUGUGCUUCAAUGAGGCCGACGAUUUUCUCAGGGACACCCUGAGCUUACUCGUAAUCAAUGAACACCAGGUAGAGAGACUGUUGGAAUUCAUUGAUUUGCUCCAGAAUGAUACGGAGUGUGACAAUAUGGUCCACACAGAAUCGUCCGGCACAGACUCCUGCUUGCUGCCGUCGGAGAAUUGCGUCAAUCUUCUCCUGUAUCCGGUUGAGAAUCACUUUGCAGAAGACUUUGAGAACGAUACACAGUAACAGGACCCAAAUUGAAUAGCGGAAGUAUCAUUUUUGUGAAGAAUAGCGAAUUCAGGAAGUUCUCGCUCCGGCCGUUUUGGAGAUGGAUCAGGACACGGAAGUUCGGCUGUCACAAGAAGUGUUCGAAUCAACGGGGAAUUCGUGGCGCUGCCUGCCAUAGAAAAGCUGUGCGGAAGAGACAACUAUUCGACUUGGGCCUUCGCUAUGCGAAUGAUUUUAAUCCGGGAAGGAAGCUGGAAUGCCGUAAGCAACGACGAAGGAUUGAACGAGGACAUCAAGCCACGAGCUUUGACAACAAUUUGAGCCUUGCAAGCUAUAACUACAGCUUGGUACAGGACGCAGUCAACACAAAGGAAGCUUGAAAGAAACUGUAAGCGGCCUUUCAAGAUAGCAGAUUAUUCAGGAAGAUUGGAUAACUGCGGAAAAUCACGUCGGUGCGUCUGGUAAACUGUGCAAGUGUAGAAGCUUACGUCGACAAACUCAUGAGCACGAGCCAUAAGCUGGCGUCAAUCGGAUUCAAGGUGGACAAUUCCUGGCUAGCUGCAAUCCUCCUGAUGGGACUACCAGCUCUCCAUCUCAUUGAAGUCAAAGGACAGGACGGACUCUAGAACUUGUUUCAAUUGUCAGAAGCCAGGUCACUUUGCUGUGAAAUGUUCAGAGAAGAAACCUACGAUGUUGCCGAGCAAGUCCAGGGGGCUUUGCAUGCGAUUUGAAUUGUGAAGACGAGCGAAUGGUAUUUAUUUUGACUCCGGUGCAACAUGUCAUAUGGCGAGGGUGGAACAAAGAUUUUUCGAUGAAGAGGCGAUGAGCCAUGAUGUCGGAACAGGUCAGAACAGGAAAGGUUGCGUAUCCCUGGAUGGCAGUGAAGGUUGUGCGAAUGUCAGAAGCGUGCUCAAGAUACCGGAUUUGGCUACUAAUUUACCUACUAUCCGUAAAUACGAUUUGUAAACGUGGUCACAAGAUGGUUUUUAUGGCGAACAAGUGUGAAGUACGGGACGAAGAUGGAGAACUGGCCAUCAUUGGUGGUGAAGAUAGUGGGCUGUAUCGAAUGAACCGUCAAGAACAAGCUUGCCAAGAAGCUGAAACAAAUUGCUUGUGGUAUCGAUUUCGAGAAUGAAGCUUUCACCAACUGGGUGUGAAGGUAAGCAAGUACGGCAGCCGUUUCCAAGCAGCGAGUCGAGGACCAAGGAGCUACUGCCGUUGGCGUUGGUGCAUUCAGACUUAUGUGGUCCAAUCGAAGUUCCGUUGAAAGGAGGCAGUCGCUAUUUUAUGACGUUUGUGGAUGAUUCCAGCCGGAAGGUGAAUGUUUCCUUUAACCAGAAUAAAAGUCAGGCAGAUCAAAAUUGUACGAUCGGAUAAUGGCACGGAAUAUGUGAAUGGAGAAUUUCGCCAACUGUUUUAAGCCGAGGGUAUUCGUCACCAAACAACAUGUCCAUACGCGCCGUAGUAGAACGGCGUUGCUGAAAGAAUGAAUCGUACUCUGGUAGAGAAGGCUAGAUGUUUGGUAAACGACGCUAAAUUUGGCAAAGAGUUUUAGGCAGAAGCAAUAUCGACUGCAGCGUAUUUGGUGCAUCGAAAUCUGUCACGAGCGUUGGAUAACAAGACAACUGAAGGAGCCUGGUCUGGUACAAAACCCAUCCUGAAGCAACUGAAGAUUUUCAGAUCAAGUGUGAUGGUUCACGUUCCCAAAAUCAAACGGCGGAAAUUGGAUCCCAAAUCCAGGAGAGCAAUUUUUGUUGGAUAUUGUGAAGACACUAAAGGAUACAGAGUGUAUGACCCACGCUAUGUCCAAAGGGAAGUAUUAUGAAAAUCGAAUGUACCUCAAAUGCUAUUCCAUAGGAUCGUAGGUUUGGACCUCUAGUUUCAGAAUCUGUUUGGUUUAAAAUAUUUCAUCUUGGGUUUUUUUAUUUUUUUAGAUUUUUUUUAUUUUUUUUCCUAUUUUUCCAUACAAAUGGCAAAAAAAGUCAUUUUAAGGUUAAUUUCAUCCCAUAUAAAAAUGCAUGGGAAAAAAACCCAAGAUGGAUUAUUUUAAAUCACACAUAUUCUGAAUCUGGAGGUCCAAAAAUACGGUUCUAGCGAAUAAACGUUGAGGUAUGGUAUGUGGGGGCAAGAUGGGUCAGGGGGCAAGAUGGGUCAGAACCGUUUUCAACCGUACUAUAUAUUUUUUGAAUCUUCCAAUAAUUUUCCCAGAUGAAAAUUCUUUACGUUCCUUGCACAGAAAAAAAUAAAAUAUUUUUUCGUUAUACUCCUUAUGCUAUACAUUCCAUAUAACUACGUGUAUUGUGUAGACGGGGCAAGAUGGGUCACCCUAAUUUUUCGGUAUGUUUGCAUAGUUUUUGAAAAUGUUUUAUUCUUCAUUGAAAGGCUAUUCUGUGACCUACAUUAUCGAAGCAGUUAGAGCACUCACACCAAAAAUCUAUUGAGGGUUUCAGCAAAAUUUUGCUGAAUUUUGCCGAGCUGAAGGUUUCAGUAAACAUUUUGCUGAAAUUCAGCAAAAUUUUGCUGAUUUGUUCAGUAAACUCUGCUGAUCACCAGUAACGUUUUGCUGAAAUUCAGCAAACUUUGCCGAAAGUUCAGCAAAAAAAUUUGCUGAACCCUUCAGCUCGGCAAAAUUCAGCAAAAUAUUGCUGAAAGCGUUUGGUGUGCUGAGAGUUUGUGAAACUAUUUUUGAAAUUUUCCUACAAAAAAUAUAGGUUUUCAAAGUCCGUUCAUGGCUACCUGAACAAAAAUCUUCUAGCUCUGAGAAUAAUCUACCGAUAUGUUUCAAAACUUUUUUCAUGUAAUCUUUACGUCUGUGAAGCUUAGAUGUAUAGAGAAAAAAUAGAAGAUAUAGUAUUUUUUGUUGGAGAAAAAUCGAGUUUUCUGAUAGCUGACCCAUCUUGCCCCCGUAAAAAUGAGGUGGGGCAAGAUGGGUCAUGUUUUGAAAAUUGCUUGUCAAGAAGCAGGUUUCAAACUUUAUGACCUUUCUAUACUUUUAUACCAUAGCUGACUAGUGUAUCUGAGAGUCGUGGUAGAAUACAGAGAAAUGCGAUUUAUAUUCAGACAGUUAUAGGGGUCCAUUUCUUAGGUGACCCAUCCUGCCCCCACUUACCAUACAUUCACUUUUCAUAAUACUUCCCUUUGGACAUAGCGUGUGACCCAGCCAGCGACAGUUAAGAAAUUAGCCGAGAUGUAGCAAUGUUGGCUGAAGGCGUUGAUGUUUCGGAAGCGAGCCGUACCGAAUCCGUCAAGCCCGUAGAAUUCAUGGAAUUGUAUUUCAAAGACGUUGUUGUUCCUGCGAUAGAAACUGUGGAACGAAGCUGCGAACGGGCCGAUAGUUUGGAAAGCGAAGAUUUUCGAAGACGCUUGCGAUGAAGUUGCGCUCCCACCGCAAACAAGUAGACCAUCCUGAUGAAAUGCAGCCAGCAAGGGUUAAGGCGCAACGGUCGGAGCGCCGGUGUCCAGGCAAGUGUAACGAUUUUAUUUCUUAUAGUUCAUUUACUGGCGGAACCGUUUACUCUCAGAUGCCAACGUACGAUGCGAAUCCAAUUGAUGAUCCAACGAGUUACGAGGAAGUCCUGCGUCGGCCGGAUCGAAAGCGCUGGAUCGAGGCUAUGAAGGACGAGAUGAAAUCCUUGUACGAGAACCAAAUGUGGGUCCUGGAUAAUCUCUCUGAAGGACGGAAGGCGAUCCAAAACAAAUGGGUGUUUAAGACGAAGCGUGGCCCCAAGAAAGCAUUCAACGAUAUAAAGCGCAACUUGCGGUGAAGGAAUGUUCUCCACGCCCAGGGAUGGACUACGCCGAGAUAUACACUCCACUAGUAUGGUAUGCGACUGUGCGUUUCUUGAUGGCAAUGGCAGUGAAACAUGACCUGGACGUUGAUCAACUGGAUGCGAUGAGCGCAUUUCUCCAGGGUGAGUAGAAUGACCAGGACAUUUUCAUGCAUGAUGCAACCGGAAGGAUUCCCUGCAGUGACUGGCAAAGUUUACAAACUCAAGAAAGCGCUUUAUGGUCUCAAACAAUCUAGUCGUGUGUGGAUGCCAUGUUAGCAGGUCUUGAGCACACCUGCGGCUACCUGGACGACGUCAUCGUAGGAGGUAAGGACGAAGAAGAACAUUGGCGGAAUCUAGUGGCACUUUUUCGACGGCUUCAGGAGUUUGGGUUUACAGUGCGGCUGGAAAAGUGUUCGUUCGGCCAGGCCCAAAUCAAAUACCUGGGUCACUUAACCGAUCAGCAUGGCGUCCGACCAGACCCGGCGAAGGUCGAAGCAAUCAGGCAAAUGCCUGCACCUGUGGAUGUGUCGGGCGUGCGCGCCUUCCUCGGCGCGGUAAAUUUCUAUGGCAAAUUUGUGCCAAACAUGCGUGCCAUCCGAUAUCCGUUGGACCAGUUGUUGAAAGCAGGAGCAAAGUUCGAGUGGACCGCCGAAUGCCAGGCUGCUUUCGACAAGUUUAAGGAGAUACUAACGUCCGACCUGCUUUUGACGCAUUAUAAUCCAGCCCUGGAAAUUAUCGUUGCAGCUGAUGCGUCGUCGAUAGGUCUGGGUGCCACGAUCAGUCAUCGUUUUCCAGACGGGUCGAUAAAAGUGGUUCAGCAUGCAUCGAGAGCGCUCACUGCUGCCGAGCGGAAUUAUAGCCAAAUCGACCGUGAAGGACUGGCUAUUAUCUUCGCAGUCACGAAAUUUCAUCGUAUGGUGUUUGGUCGUAAGUUCAGGCUACAAACGGACCACGCACCACUGCUGCGGAUUUUCGGGGCCAAGAAAGGCAUUUCCGUUUAUACAGCCAACCGGCUGCAGCGGUGGGCACUUAUGCUGCUCAUGUAUGAUUUUACGAUCGAAUAUGUGGCUACAGAGAAGUUGGGUCAGGUGGAUGUCUUGUCGCGCCUCAUAAAUCAACACGCUAAACCAGACGAAGACUACGUUAUAGCAGCAGUCUCGCUUGAGGAUGAUGUCAGGUCAGUGGCCUUUAGCUCGUUCAACGUUCUUCCACUCAAUUUCAGCGAUGUCCAGCAAAGCACCAAAAAGGACCCGGUCCUCAGCAAAGCGCUGAAAUGCAUCCAGGAAGGUUGGCACGAAGCUCCAGUGGCUACAGCGGAUCGCGAGUUGCACAAGCUGUAUCAUCACCAAGACUCGCUGACGUCCGUCCAAGAUUGCAUCAUUUUCGGGGAACGGCUCGUCAUUCCGAAGCAAUUGCGAAAACGGUGCCUGGAGCAGUUACACCAAGGACACCCUGGGAUCCAGAGGACGAAGGCCAUAGCCCGAUCGUAUGUAUAUUGGCCUUCUAUCGACAGCGAAAUUACGGAUUUUGUGAAAGCGUGCCCUCACUGUGCACUAGUUGCCAAGUCUCCAGCCCAUGCUGCGCCGGUUCCCUGGCCAAAAUCGCAACGGCCAUGGCAACGAGUGCAUGUCGAUUACGCAGGGCCUCUCGACGGUGAUUAUUUCCUUCUGGUGGUGGACUCGCACUCGAAGUGGCCGGAAGUAGUGCAAACAAGCCGGAUUACUGCACCGGCAACGAUAAGGAUUCUCCGCAGUCUCUUCGCUCGACUGGGAAUGCCGGAAACGCUCGUCUCCGAUAACGGCACCCAAUUUACGAGUGCGGAGUUUGCCGAAUUUUGCAACACCAAUGGCAUUCAACAUAUCACCACAGCACCGUUCCACCCCCAAUCCAACGGGCAGGUAGAGCGGUUUGUUGACACGUUCAAACGAGCAACGAAGAAAAUUCGCGAAGGAAAGGGGUCAAUGCAAGAAGCUUUGGACCUGUUUCUGUUGACAUACAGGAGCACGCCAAACACGUACGCACCGAACGGUUUGUCACCAGCAGAAGCGAUGUUCGGCCGGCGAAUCCGAACAAAUUUGGAACUGCUGCGACCACCAUCCAAUCGUCAACACGAAGCAGAUGGGCAUCCGGCAAGCCGCCGGUCAUUCCAAUGAAACGACCUGGUCUACGUGAAGCUUUACAGCGGAAACAAGUGGAGUUGGACACCUGGAACGGUUCUGGAGAAGAUAGGACAAGUUAUGUACAAUGUGUGGGCAGAUAAUCGCCGUCUAGUACGCUCGCACGUGAACCAGUUAAGAAAACGUUCUUCAUCAAAUUCCGGACCUGUACCAGAGCCAGCCAAGUCAAGAAAACCUUCAGCCCUACCUUUAGAUGUCCUACUGGCAGCAUGGAACUUGCAGGAACCAAACCAACUACCAACGUCUGGACAAUCAACGACGCCUACCUCGGUCGGCAAUAUGGAUGUUCCGUCGAUAUCACCUCCGUCGGAAGGUACCUCAAGCCAGGCCGUCCUUCCGAUCCCCUCAACUCAAGCACCAUCAACCAAGUCCUCCAACAUCGAGUCAGCAAGGUCAAGCACACCUGUAGUACAGCAGCCUCGACGUUUUUCGCGCAUUAGAAGGAUGCCUGGGCGGUUCAACCUGUACCAGCAGAUUUAACGGGGGAGAUGUUGGGGCGAAUGGAGCAGAGCUGGGAGCACGGUCUCAUACUGACCGUCGCCUCGCUUUACCACUGGGCUCUUUCCUGACAGCUGAGCUGUCAUGCGACUGAUGCAACGUCAGUGAUAAAUGUCAUUGCCACUUCCGUCCGAUCUUAAUCUCGAUGUGUCGCAUAUUUUAAUAAAGUAGUUUUGUCUAGUUUUAAUCAUUGAA